UAGAGUCCUGACAUGGAAGGGCAUGCGGUGGUAGCCGGAAAUGCAUUUGGCAUGUCCAGCGAAAUUGGCUAGCGAAGAAGAAGAAGCUGCUGCUUUGUUCCCUUUCCGUUUUUCUCGCCCUUUUCUUGUUACUUUCCACUUGCAAUUGCUUUGCAGUUUCCAGCUAAAUCUCGCUCCGGACAUAUGUCUUUUGUCUUGGCUUUGUCACCCCUCGCAACUCCCAUUCAGCUUAUGUUGGCCAAGUGGGCUAUACCAACUUUGCAGAUGGGCAAACAGCAGCGACCUCGAGAGGGACGUCGAACUUGGAGUCGAAUCAAUCGAAAGCGAUUGAUAACAACGGGUACUUGAGGACCCUAUAAAAGCCCUGACACCACCAAUCACACCACCCACAGCCAGCGAAACAAUGCGUCCGCAAGCUCUCUUCUGGCCGCUUGCCGGCUGCCUUCUCCUGCUACUGAUGCUUCCGCCCAGGAUUCUUGCACAGUGCAACGACUUCACUCAGCCCGGAUGCCUGCACGAAAAGGAGGUGGGCAUCCCUCAGCGCCACUGCCUGGAUCCGACGAAGUUCUGGAUGUGCCCAGGAUUGCACCUCAAAGCCCAGCUCAGGACCUGUCAGGCCAACACAGGAUUCGAUCAGGAUAUGAACGCCUGUGUGCCUUGGAUCGCCUGGGUGUGGCAGCCAUGUCAUGAGCCACCAAGUCGUCCGCCCGGUUGGAAGCCCUGCUGAAAUGUAUUCUUCAGCGGAGACAAUAAAUAUAUUGUUUUAUUUUUCACUAAUUUGCGAAUUCAAGCAUUAAAUUAGUUUUUUAAUUUACAAAUUGCCAAAUUUAUUAGUUUUUCGUCUAUAAAUCCCAAUGCUUAUUUAUUAGCCUUGUUGCAUCAAAUUGUAUACUGAAAUGAUCCCACCCACUCCAUUUGGUAUGUAAAUGGACUAAUAAGCUUAUGGAUUCUAACAAUAACACAAAAAAAAUAUGAAAAUUUAAAAAAGCGCUUAUUUGUUGGUUUUGUAGUCGCACACUUUUAAAUUUUUUAAUAUUAAAGGCCAGUAAAGGUAAAAAUAAAUAUCUCUUUGGUUUAAGCUUUAAUAAUGAAAUUUUUUACACCUUUUUUAUACAAUUCUAAUGUAAUAUUUGAAUGAACAAAGUAUAAAAAAUGGACUGUGUGCCAGGAAAAAAUGAUAAUUAGUGAAAAAUCUUUCAAUAGGUUUUUACAUACUAUAAAAAAAAAUCUGACAAAACUGUGAGAAUUUUUCAAUAAAUGUGUUUAUUUUAGCUCUCUACGGUAUCUCAGUGGUAUCCAAGUGGUCUCCCACUUAUCUGACCAAUGUCAAGUACAAGAUCCGCGAGAGCAAUAAACUUCCAUAUGUAUGUACAUACCUCUUCCCACGAAUCCGGCGUGCAUCAUAUUUAUGAUCUGGGGCACUCAUUUCGCUCAGUGGCCGUCGCACAGAAUUCAGAGUAUAUUUUUAUGGCAGCACCGAUAGCCAGUUGCAAUUACAGUUGCAAUUGUUAACGUGCGGCUUGUGACAGCAGUUAAGCGGGGCUGAGCCCCCUUUUUGAAUGGCAAUUGUGGGAGUUUUGCUUUCAAGCAUAGCGUAUGCCAUAAAUCAAUAUAUGCUUGGCAGUGUCACGGCCGAACGCCCACUUAACCCCUCCUGGGUCUGGAUCUUACCACCCCCAUGGCGAAAUCCUCCGUCCUCCCAGUGGGCAAACCGAGGCCCACUCUCACCCGUGCAAUAAGUUGCACUAUUUUUGAUGCGCUCGCCCGUGAACUUUGGCGAGCAUUUUAUUUCAUUUCACAGUUGUCAGUCAAACGCUUUGUCAGACCAGCGAGCACAUCAAUAAGCGGCAAAAAAUACGUUUCAAUCGAAAUUUUAUUUUUGCGUGCAUGUGAAACCCAACAAAACAUUUGCAUGUAAAAGAAUUUUCCACCAUCGGGGUACGGGCGAGGAGUGUUCGUGUGCAAGUAUUAAAGAGGAGACGAGUGCGGUCAUGUCUGGAAGGGACUAUAAUGGUGAGCCGGGAUGCCACAGUCCGGAGGAACUACAGCGGAACUUCCGACACUUCUGGGAUCCGACUGCGUAUUGGAAAUGCGGGAAGGCGGAUCAACCCGCCCAGCUCCAGCACUGCCCCGCCAAUGAGCUUUUCUACGAUAGGGAGCAGCGUUGCGUGAAGUGGAAGGACUGGCAGUGGACUGAACCACAGGAUCCGCCCACGAGGCCACGCAAAUAAAACAACCGAAAAUGUAUUGAAACAAAUUGUUGUUGAAAAUAUAAUUAAAAAGUGUUUUCCGAUUUUUCCCGGGUGA